AUGAGUUAUAGAAACAUAGCUUUUUUUCGUACAUUUCUUCCAAAUAGUAAAAAUGAAUUUUUCAAAAGCACUUAUAUCACAAAUUUUUCACAUAUCAUAAAAACUUUAAAACUUGAUUCAUUUAGAGAAUUUCGUACAAAUUUAUCAAAAACACUUAAUAAUCCAGACUUGUUUAAAGCUGAAAUGAAAAAUAAAUGUGAAGAAGGAUCUUAUGGAAUGAUAUUUGAAAAUGAUUUAAAAUGCAUGAUUAGUAUAACAAAAACUAAUGAAGAUGUAGAAUUGUUCAAAAACAUGUUGCAAAAAUAUUGUUCGCAGACAAGAGUGGUUCAAUACAGCCAUUAUAAAAUUGGUCCUGAAAUUGCAAGAUUAUUUUAUACAUUAAAUAAACCUCAAGAUGCUUUAGAACUUUUAAAAAAUCAAGAAAUCAAUGUUUUAUUUAACAAUUUCCAAACAAAUUUUAUUUUAGCUAAUUUAUUAUAUGACAGAGAAAUGUAUCAAGAUAAUACUCCUGAAUCUUUCAAAGAUGCUGUAAAUGUAUAUAACAACAUGGAAAAGUGCAAAUUUAAAUGUCCAGAAAGAAGCAUAGCAUUACUUUGUUGUUUAGCUUUAAAACAAAAACAGCCACACUUUGUUAUUGAUAUUUUAGCAUUCACAGAUAUAAAAGACUUUCAAAGUGUUUUGAGUAUUUUAAAAACUAUAUUGUAUGCAGAUGUUCCAAAAUAUGCUUUACCAUUUUAUGUUAUGGAUGAAACAUUAAAUUAUGUAGAAGCUGCAAUUGAGAAAAGUGAUAGUGCAUAUAAAAAAUUCCAAAAAUUAAAACAAGAGUUGUUGGCUCAUAAUUUGGUAAAAACAGAGGAGUUAGAAAAUACUUUGUUGGAAAAAAUUGAUUUAACUUCAGUAACAAUAUUUAGAAAUAAAAUAUUUGGUAAGAGCAAUCAAUCUGACAAAGAAAAUUGUAAUUUUGCUUGGUUUAUUUCAAAACACAUUGUAAAUAGAUUAGAAAGAGAAUAA